AUGGGCACUGAUGAGGAGGCACUGAUGGGCACUGAUAUGCGGCAUUGAUGUGCACUGGUAGACACUGAUAUGUGGCAUUGAUGUGGCACCAGGGGCGGACUGACAACUCAUGGGGCCCCCGGGCAAUAGGGGAUCAUGGGGUCCCUGUGUCCUUGCCCAAACUCAAAAAAUCCUAUGAAAAAGGUACCAGGGGCAUCUCAUGGGGCCCCCUACUGACCCCCGGACCCUCGGGCAGUGCCUGAGUUUCCAAAUGGUCAGUCCGCCCCUGUGUG